AUGAUCUGGCUCCUCUUAGCUGCCCAGGUGACGGUGAGCCAGCUGAACCUGGUGUCCCACAGCGUGGUGGCUGCUCCCUACCAGUGGGAGUACCCCUACCUGCUCAGUAUCAUCCCCUCCCUCUUCAGCUUCAUGGCCCUGCCCAAAAACAACAUCAGCUACCUGUUGAUCUCCAUGAUCUUCUGCAUAGCUCCACUCAUCUACGGGGUCUCUUUGCUACACAGGGAUCUCACCACAUCCUCUGCCGUUCCAACCACCAUUGACUUAACUACUCCAGCUACUGCUGCCCCUUUAACCCCUGACCCUCCAACUACUGGUUACCGAAAUGCUACUGGACUUCCAACUACUGGUAACCCUACCUCUAUCCCUAUCACCAGUACCAGUCUCCCCACCACCACCUCUACUGCCACAACAGCUCCUUUGGUCUGUAUCAAUGGUGGUGAGCUGCAGAGUGGAGUCUGUAUCUGUCCUGAUGAUUGGACCGGAGAGACCUGUUCAGAGGGGAAUUUCUGCAAUUCCACCAUCAUUGCUGAUUUAUCCUUCCCAAGAACAACGGUUGGCUGGUCUGCUUAUUCAGAACAAUUGUGUGGUGAGGAGACAACCAGUGCCGGAUUACCAGAAGCCUCAGCAAGAUGUUUGAAUGACACUGGCUCUCCGAAGUUUGGUCCUCCUCAGGAGCUGCAGUGUGAAUUGACCCUCAGUGGCAUUCAAGAAAAUAUCUCCAGCAGUUCAGGUGAUUUAGCACAGCUAGCCUUCAUUACUCAGAUCCUGACCUCCCAACCAGAGCUGCUAUCAGCUGACAACAUCACCACAGCAGCUCAGAUAGCUAACACUCUGCUUCAGUCUGUAAAUAUCACAGAGGACAUCGCAGUGGCAGCUGUAACUACCAUCAGUCAGCUACUGAAUGCCAGUGGGGAGACUACACAGGAGAGUGAUGCUGUCCAGAGACUCACAGAGACCCUGGAGAAGUUUUCCCUGGACCAGCAGAAUAAUGUGUCCUUGGUGGUUCAGCCCAACCUGGUAGUCCAGUCUGUCCAAGUACCAAGUGACACAGUAGGGAUCCAGUUUAGUGCUCUGACUGGAAGUUCUGGUAAUUUUGUGGCCGACAGAAUUAAUCUCAACACCAAUACCUCUGAACUGAUAGCUGACAAAGGAGGUGCUACCGAUGUCCAGAUUGUCAUAAAAUUCACACCAGUUUUACGUAAUAAAAACACAAACUACUCCAUUGGUUUUGUGCUCUACCAAAACGACCGGUUCUUCAGGUCCAGGGCAUUCACAGCUUCUUCAGGAACCAGCAGAAGGGUCAUCUCUGCUAACCUGGGACAAGUGUCUGGGUUGCAUGUUGAGAUGCUCUUCAAGCCCACAGCUGUCCCCAACGCCUCCCUCUAUGACUUUGCCUGCGUGUGGUGGAACUACACGUUGAAAGACUGGAGCACCUAUGGCUGCUCCAAAGUCAACCACUCAGAAGACGGCCUGCAAUGUUUCUGUAAUCACACCACUAACUUCGCUGUGCUUAUGUCAUUCAGGAAUGAUUUUAAAUACGCUGAAGUUCUAAACUGGAUCACCACAUUGGGAUGCUCCAUGUCCAUCAUAGGGUUGAGUUUAACAAUAACAUUCCAGAUCGCAACCAGAUCGCAACCAAGUAAGAUCCUACAGGCUUCCAGAACCAUUUCUAAAUAUACAAUAACAUUCCAGAUUGCAACCAGGAAAUCACGCAAAACCAACCCAACUGUCCUCUUAGUGAGCGUCUGCGUGUGUCUCCUGAUCUUCACCCUCCUCUUCGUGUUGGGAGUGGACAACCCUCAUAAACAGCUGGAGAAACCUGAAAUACAGGAGGACAACAUUCUCCCCCCGUCUGACACACACACAGAGCGGGACAGAGGCCCCUGUACUGCAGUCACAGUCCUGCUGCAGUACUUCCUGUUGGGGACGUUCAACUGGAACACGCUGUACGCCACACAUGUCUUCCUGAUGAUCAGAAACAGCCUGGCCACCAGCCCAUCACACUUCACAGCCUGUACCGUGGCCAUCGGAUGGGGACUGCCUGCGGUUGUGGUGGCCCUCACCUUAGGAAUUAGUUAUAGAGUGGAUGAUCCACUGGGUUACAGGCAGGAGGAAUUUUGCUGGCUUGCUGCCCUCGAUCCAGAGGGGAACUUUGACUUCAAGCUGCCAAUGUUUUGGGGGUUCCUGAUCCCUGUGGCGUUCAUGCUUAUCUUCAACAUGGUGGUGUUGGUAUAUUUUGUACCGGUAGUUACCACAUCCAAGACCAACCCACAUAUAACCAGUACAAGACACACAUCGAUGAAGAAGAAGUUCCUCAGUAGCUUUUCUCUGGCUGUAGUGCUCGGUCUCUCCUGGAUCCUGGGCUAUCUGUUGCUCAUUACACAGAACCAGACCAUGUACACCAUACUCAACAUCUCAUUCUGUGUACUCACCACCACUCAGGUAGUAAAUGGCUUGCAGGUUUUCAUUCUGUUCACAGCAAGAACAGCAAUUGUCAAGAAAAAGAUGUCAAGUGCUUUGAAAUCUGUCUCUAGCGCUGGGAUCCCUCUUCACACCAAGAGGUUCAGUCUAUGGCGAGGCGAGCAAAGUGAAAAAGUAGAAUCAUACACACAGCAGGACACUGAUCUGUCAUUUCCACCUUGUUCCUCACAGACAUCUAACUGAUGGGCUGCAAGUUUAACCUCUGUUGUAAAAUAUCUCAUAUACCGCCACUAUUUCCUAUAAUAUACAGAAUAAUACACACCAUUUUGUAUCAAUGUAUUUUUACUGUAAAUUCCCUCAGAAGUUGUGUUGUCCAAGGAUUUUUUGGCUAUGCACAUACUGUAUAUACAUACUGUAUGUGUUUUUUGAAAUAUAACUGUUUUGAAUAAAACUGUGAUUAUUCUCUUUGAAUCGAA